AUGUCUGUUUUCUCUCUCUCUCUCUCUCUCUCUCUCUCUCUCUCUCUCUCUCUCUCUCUCUCUCUCUCUCUCUCUCUCUCUCUCUCUCUCUCUCUCUCUCUCUCUCUCUCUCUCUCUCUCUCUCUCUCUCUCUCUCUCUCUCUCUCUCUCGUGUUUCACUUGCUGACAUUUUCGUUGGCAGUGUCAAGACCUGCAUCAUGGCAGCAACUGCAGAGGAUGAUCUUGUGGCCUAUUUUUGUAUAUGCGGUCAACUCGCCAUCAUCACAGACAGACAACUUGCUGACGGCGGCACCCGGCACAGAUGUGGUGUUGGAUCAGUUGCCUCAACGCAAGACAGAUGGUGCCAGUGUCCUGGACCAGGGCCGUUAUCAGGCCCGACACCAAUUUCAAACCGACCAUCCCCUUUAUAUCCGGCGAGCUGAAGGUGUUGAGAAACGGCACAGCCUGAAAUGCCAGGGGUGUGGCCUCCCCACAGCAUAUACCAUUGAUAAUCAGCCAAACUUCUUGUAUCUCCUGCCAGCUAAAGGGCAGGAGCCUGAUCUCGACAAAUUUGCUCGCAGCUUUGAUCCGACGGCACAGGCUGCGCCCAUCCCGUCAACUGUACCCUUUGGUACUUCCAUCAGCACAACCGACGAGCAUGAAGAAGAAGAGGCUCAGCUUGUGAGUAGGGAUGGCUCUGUUGCCAUGGGCAAGAACAUGACAUUGUGCUGA